AUGGCGGUGAACAUACAAUAUAGAGUGUCUUACUUGACACAAGUGACUGUUUCAAACCCGAAUAGAGAAGCGGAGAGCCAAGUCAUUGAGACGGCUAGAGUUGGGGCUUCUAGAGCAUGUGAAGAGGCUACAUUAGUUAGUGAAGAGGUUGCAUUAGCUAAUGCAUGUGCGGACAAAGCUAUAGCUGAGACAACAGAAUUGAAAAGGCAAUUUGAAAAUUUGCAUAAACAACUAUUUGCUUGGCAAUCGGGUCAGGCAUAUACUUCCAUUGCUCCUUCUAGUGGCCAUCCUAGAGGCCAUUACGAUGAUGACUCUGAUGUUCAGUCAGUGGAUCUGGAGGAAAUGAGUGAGGGAUGA